UUAAUUCCACUUUACAAAGGAAAGACUUGCAAAUUAAAUCUGUGUGGAGGUGAAGGGGUGAAGCAGAGCUCUGGCAAAGUAAAUAAACAUUGCCGCAGUACUCACUUCUACUUGCUGAAGGAAAGGCUUUAUGGCUGACGUUGAGACAACUUUCCUUCUGCCCCUGCUGCCCCGCAGAGCCGCUGCUUUCAGCAACAGCCCUGGACUCCUUCCCGCUCAGCUCUCUGCCUUACCCUUGCACCCGUGUACUUACUGCAGCCGGGGUGGCAGCGGGCAUUAGCGCCUCACCCACCCCUAAGGAGUUAACAGGUUUUAUUACACGAUCUGGUUAACAUUCUGGAUAAAAAGGAAACGCACGCCCCUCCUCUCCUUCAGUAUGCUCAUGCACUUAAAUCGCGCUGCUCGUGGGCUGCCUGUGAGCCCCAGGCCGCCUGGCACGCCACGAGUGGCCGGCUGGGCGUGCUCGGGGACGUGGGCGCACCCGUGGGUGCUGCCUCACCCCGCCACCGCUCUGCUUGUGGUGCUGGGACUGCGCACAUGAGCGGCGAGGACGCACUCACGGCUGUGGGGAGCCAGUGCCGGCUGUCACUGCGAGGUGUGGGAGUGAGCUCUGCCACCCCUCCGGGCACGUCGUCGGGCCGCCUCGCACCAUGCCCUCAUUCGACGAAGUGUUGAAGGAAGCAGGGGAAUUUGGACGGUUUCAGAAAAGAGUCUUUUUCCUCCUUUGCCAGACCGGCGUCACUUUUUCCUUCCUAUUUGCCAGCGUGGUUUUCCUGGGGCAGGUGCCGGGCAACUACUGGUGCAGAAUCCCCGGGGCAGCCGAAUUAAGCGAAAGAUGCAACUGGUCACUUGAAGAGGAGCAGAACUUCACCCUGCUGCCCCUGCGCCUGGCAAACCGCUCGGUCAGCGGGCAGUGCGAGCGGCUGGACAUCUCCUGGGAUGCCUCCACCAGCUGUGCCAGCCCUCUUGCCCACCACCCCAAUGUCAGCGCGGGCAGCCUGCGGCUCACAGCCUGCCAGGGCAGCUGGGCGUACCACCAGCCUCACUCGUCCAUCAUCAGCGAGUAUAACCUUGUGUGUGGCCACUCCUGGAUGCUAGAUCUCUCACAGGCUAUCCUCAAUCUGGGGUUUCUGGCUGGUGCAUUCACCCUCGGCUACGCGGCAGACAGUUUGACAGCUGACUCUACUGCUUGCCUUUCUCCUCAGAUCACUGUUAGCAACGCAGAGGUCAGCAACCCCUCCUUUUUGGACCUGGUGAGGACUCCUCAGAUGAGGAGAAACACGCUUAUCCUGAUGUAUGCUUGGUUCACAAGUGCCCUGGUCUACCAAGGGCUUGUCAUGCGCCUAGGAAUUGUCGGAGGAAACCUCUACGUGGACUUCUUCAUUUCAGGAGCUGUUGAGCUGCCUGCUGCUCUCCUAAUUUUAGUGACAAUUGAUCGCUUUGGCCGGCGCCUUCCCUUUGCAAUAAGCAACUUUGUGGCAGGAAUUGCAUGCCUCAUUACUGCCUUCUUGCCAGAAGAUAUCCCAUGGUUCAAAACCACGGUGGCCACGCUGGGAAGGCUGGGCAUCACAAUCGCUUUUGAAAUCGUCUACCUUGUGAACUCCGAGUUGUACCCAACAAUACUGAGAAACUUUGGUGUUUCCCUGUGCUCGAGUUUGUGUGACCUAGGUGGGAUCAUAGCCCCAUUCCUGCUUUUCCGAUUAGCAGCCAUUUGGUUGGAGCUACCUCUAAUUAUUUUCAGUAUUCUUGCAGUUGUCUGUGGGAUCCUAGUAAUGCUUUUACCAGAGACAAAGGGAAUCUCCUUACCAGAGACAGUGGAGGAUGUAGAGCAGCUAUCAAGUCCUUAUGGUAAAUGUGGCAAGAAAAGGAAACAUCGGGACACCAACUCUUAUAUUUGAUCUUUGAAGGACAGCACCGAACAAAGAAUCAUGUUCCCACACUGGGAAUUUAUUCUCCACUUGCUGCCACUUUGAAGUCUGCUGCAGAGUGUGGAUAAAAAUACAUGUUCUUCUUCUAAGUGUAAUGACAUUCAGAACAAGCAGUGUAUUUUUCUGUAAAUAUGGAAUAAAUUUGUUUUUUCUAAGUGCUGUUUCCAGAAAGGGAAUAUUCUUUGGUUUAGAUAGAACAGAUCUGCUUAAAAAGAUGCACUGUCUAGCUCAGUGAGCUCUUAUUUAUUUCUUUGUAUAUUUGAGCCAUUUGUUUAUUUCUAUUGUUAGCAUACACCCUUAGGUGAGGACAGUUGGAAAUGGUAAGAUUUGGAUGACUUUGGGGAAGAGAGGAUGACUAUUUGAGCCCAUUCUCCUUCACCCUUGGAGAAUCUGGACAGACAAGAGAUGAUGUCUUGUGAGGGAGGGUGCUGGUCAGGGCAGCCCUUUCUCAGGUCAGGAGGGAUUGGACCAGGAGAUCCUCACCCCAGUCUGCUUCUCUCUCCCAGCGACACUCUGUGACAAAAGCCCUGCCCAUUGAAGGUCUUUCUUAAAUGUGGCAGCACUUCUCUUCCUCCUCUCCUUUUAUGUAGCUGUCACAGGGCAUUAGCUCUGCAGGUCAGAUCAUCCAACUGCCCAUCACCGCCUCCUCCCGGGCCCUGCUGGGGUCUGUGUACCAGACAUGCUGAUUUUUUUCUGUUCUAAACUACACUCUCUGCCCAUUCCUGCAAACCAAAUCACCUCACUCUGACAAGGGCCAAGAUGACUUCCAGAGCUGCUCUUCUCCACAUCAUUGGCCAUCUUUUUGCCUUGGGGAUAAGUUAUUUGGGAUGCUGACAGAGAUGUUUAGCUGUCUUGAGAAAAUGAGCAGGGACAAGACAAGAGGUUUGGUUAUGGAGGGAAGUGUUAACUGGACCCAGUUGUUUGAAGCUGACCUGUAGCUAAAGUGUUUGGAUCUGUGGCUCUGCAAGCAGACAGCUGGCACACCCUGCCUUUGUUUUGGUCUCUGUGAGCUUCUCCACCAAAUGCUGGGUCCUGGCCAGAGCCAGACAGUCAAUACACACCUUAUGGUUAAGGACUUGAGAGUGGCAUCCAAAUGAUAUACUGUUAAUAAUGAAGCCCAAAUUCACACAGACACAGAAGGAUUCUCCAUCUUACAAAAUUUACCUGUUAUGGGUAAGAAUUAGCACAGGAGCCAUUACUGAAUAUAAGCUUAUCCUGAAUUUAGACCUCCUGUUGCCAUUCAUUGCUAUUGUAUUGAAGUCAUAACACACACACAGCCUUUUUUCUGAUGUUCUCUACAUAAUGAUUUUUUAUAAAAUAAAUAAAUUUAAACUUCUGACACUGUUCCUAGUUAGUUUACAUGCAGGGGUAUUUUACCUGUAUUCUCUUCCAAGCAACAUAUGGUGCUAUGCAAAACAAAGCGCAAGGAGCUUGAAGGUUGUGAAAAGGGUAGUAGUAACCUGUUAGCGCAACCAGGUGAUGACGGGGUUACACAGCCAUGGGUGAGUGGCAAACAUCGCCAGCUUUAGUUGUCUUGCAUGUGAUAGAUACAUCAUUCUAGAGGCUCAAUGAAUGAUGUGAUCUGCAUAGCCGCCAACAGAUUGCCUUACCAAUGCCAAAGACACUAGUUCAACAUAAACACAGGAACCCAGGAACUAACUUCGUCCUGUCUGCAAAAAGUUUCCUUAGACCAACAAACACGUGAAUAUGAUUUUUGGUCCAAAUGUGUCCCUGCCCCCAAAUUUCCCUUCAUCUAGUAAUGAAGUAACUUCAUUCAACUAGUAACUUCAUCUAGUUUCUACAAGUGGUUAGUAGUAAGUACAGUUAGUGAUAAGUGGUGAUAUAUAUUGCCAUUGACACUCUCAUAGAAGGAAAAGAUCACAGUUUACAUGUUUUAAAGAGUUAUCAUUUAGGUGGGUUUUGUAUAAUCUCUCAGGCAUGUCUGGGCAUUUCUAGCCAGACUAUAAUCUCCCAUUAUAGGCUAUGGAGAAAACAACAACAACAACAACAACAACAACAAACCUGCUAGAAUGCAAACCAUCUCCUCCAUGGGCACUUGUUCUUGGGGAAACUGUGGAAAAUGUGAAUGCAUUUCUAGGGGGACAACAUGAUUCACAUGUUAACAGAAGCAACUUAUUGGACAACCAAAAAUCAGUUCUUUUUACAACAUCUGUUUUGGGAGAAAAAUCACUUUUUGGACAACUGAGAACAGACAAUAGAUGAAGAACAAAGGAAAAAUAAUAAAUGUAAAAUGAAACAUAAAAUCCCCACAAUAGAAGGAGAGGUAAAUUCUGAAAUGCUUCAUGGUUCAGAAAUUUGUCAUUGCUUGGCAGAGAGAUGAGGAGGGCUUUUUUCCCUAGUGUAUAUAAUUGCACAUGUAUAUUCAGCAGAUCAGCACUGAAUUUUGGGGGUCUUUUCUGGUCUUUUCUUUCAAACAUCAUGAAGAAAUUUGCCAUUACAGCACCACAUAGAAGUAGCUGUAUUUAGAGAUGUUGCUCUAUGGGCACAGAUUUCACUUCCUGUAACCACAAGCCCGUAUACUUCCUUUUCUUUUAGAGAAAAAA